UCAAAAAAAUUAAGUGCAGAUUUUUUUGUAAUUUAUAUUCUUGCCUGAAGAAUUGAUCAACAGCCCAGACGAUUAGAAAGAAAUAACAAAGGUGUUAAUGCAAUUAGACUGGUUGUAUACGGUACCUGCUGAUAAUAUGUAAUGAAUAAUGAUAAAAGUUUAUAGUAAUUUCAUAGAUCAUUAUUAAAGAUGCGAAGUUCAUUGUUUUCUGGCUAAAAGCUCCCAAUUUUAAUGUCAUAAAUUACUUCGUCAUACAAUAAAUAAAUAUUUCUACGACUGAUAACAAUGACGAAAACCGCUCAAGAGUUUAUACAGAGCUCCUUCUCACCCCUCAUUGCUACAUUAUGCAGUCCUAAGGUUGAGAGUAUUGUUUCCAAAAAUAAUUUAACGCUAGUCGAACUUUUACAACCCUUUACGUUGUUGGAAUGGGAAGGACAGUUUCGAGAGCCAGGUGGAACAAUAUGCAUGGUCAAAAAUGUGAAAUUAGUCAUAAGAGAUGUUAAUUGGAAACCUCUACAACCAACUGAGGCUAGAAGACAACUUAAUAAUGCUGUUUUACACAACUAUGAUGAGAAAACUGUAAAAAUAAAUAUAGAUGGAACUAAAUUAGAAAUUCCUGCAGCUACUCCAUGGUUUGAAGCUUGGAAGGAGGCAUAUUUUGAUGUUCAAUUUCCAUCAGAUCAUGAGUUCACCAAACACUUCUUGUCAUGCAUUAUAGUGGGAACUACUCAAGAUGAAAACUUAAUUGACACCUAUAAUGCACUCAAUCAGCAGUAUGCGCAACUUCAGAAUGUUGCACCACCUAAGCUACCCAAGUGGUUUAACAACUCAGUACUGAAAACAUACUUACUUUUAAAUGAUGCUUCUGCUGUUUCCAAAGACAAAGCUGAUCAAGCAUUUGAAACAUUAAAACAAAGCUUUGGUGCUGGCAAUUGUUAUAUGUUGACAAUUAAUUCUAAAACUUCUAGUGAUUCUAAAUUACCAAUUGAUUAUUGGAUAAAAUUUAUAAAGAGGCCUAUUGAUCUAACGCAUGAAAAUGUGUCUAGUUCUGCAGCAAAUCCAUCUACUACACCACAUGAGUCUCAAGCAAAUGUUCAAGUCAAUAUGCCAGAGGAAGCAAUAGUCCAUGUUACUCAAGACAACACUCAUCCUCUUACAACAGCUGAAAAUGAUGUUUAUGAUAAUGGCAACAGUCUGCAGACUUACUCCUUCUCAGGCAGUUCUGAAAGUGUGAAUGUUGUGGGCAAACAGAUGGAACUUAACGAAGUACACGGCGCGGCAUUGAAUACGGCCGACAUAGAAGCAAUAAAAAAGUUCUUAGUAGACUAUACCUCACAAGCUUUAGUUCCAUAUGUUGAGAAACUAAUUGGACAAUUAAAUGAAGUUGUUGCUAACAAAAAGGGUGUAAGUAGAUCACUUCUGUCUGCUACAAAGAGAUGGUUUACGACGGGCAAAGCUGGCUCCACUACUGUCAACAAUGCAGUAAUAUACUCCAGCGACUGUCCCGAACUGCAACUACGUCGUUUAGGUGAUCUAUGGUUUCUGUUCGGGCAAUGGCAGCGCGCAUACGACGCCUAUCAUACCGCCAAGAGGGAGUUCUAUGCCGAUAGCGCUUGGCUGUGCUACGCCGGCGCGCUAGAGAUGGCCGCGAUUAGCGCCUUCCUAUGCGGGGAAUCGAACCGCAAAACCCUCGCUUACAUGGAGGAAAGUAUCACCACAUACUUAAAUACAUGCAGGAUGGUUCAGUAUGCAGUGCGAGCUACGUUGCUGUCGGUGCCAUGUUUAGUCAGCGCCGGCCUGCACGGGGAGGCGGCGAAACAGCUCAUCAGGAUGACGUCCGAAGACAGCGACCUCCGCAGCGCCAUGCUGCUCGAGCAGGCGGCCCUGUGCUUCCUCAAGGGCCCGAGCAAUAAAAUUAUGACCAGAAAAUAUGCAUUUCAUAUUGUACUCGCCGGUCAUCGGUUCUCUAAAGCCGGGCAGAAAAAACAUGCGUAUCGGUGCUACGAACAGGCGUAUCAGGUGUACCGCGACAGCGGGUGGCGAUUGUCGAGCGACCACGUGCAGUUCGCGCUGGGGCGGCUGGCGGGCGCGCUGCGGCGGCCGGCGGCGGCGGCGCGCUGGCUGGCCGCGCCCCUCGCGCCCGCCCCCCGCCAGCCCGCCGCCCAGCAGGACGCCUUCCUCAGGGAGUUCAUGAUGGCUCAUCAGCAAUGGGUAGACAGCAGCUCGGAGUUCAAGGUGGUUCUGCCGUGGCUGCCGGUGCCGCGCGUGGAGGCUGGCGCGGUGGUGUGCGCGGGCCCGGCGCCGCUGUCCUCCCCGGGCCGCGCGCCCGCCGCCUCCCUCGCCCUGCCCCCCGCGCCCGACACGCACCACCCCGUCUGGCCCCGCCUCGAGGAGAUCCUGCUGCAGGUCGCCCGCGGCGCCGCCCCCAUGAUAUUCAAACCGACCACCGACUUGUAUACCCCCAACACCGAUAUCAGCCCCGUCACGUGUCAAGGAGAGCCGAUUCAAAUUUCUAUCACUCUACACAAUCCUCUGAAGGUUGGUCUGCAUUUGAAGGACCUAGAGCUCCUGUGGACGUUUAGCCCCGACUCAGAAGACGGCGAGACGUACACGCCGGAACAGUUGCAGAACGAGAGCGCACUAGCGUCGGGCACGCUGGUCGAUAAAUACGCGAUUCACGGACAGAAACUCAAGUCUGUACUAUUGGAGGGCGAAACUGCGCAGAACUUGAUAUUCACAUUGACUCCACUGAAGACUGGGCAGCUUUCUAUACAGGGACUAGCUUUAAAGUUGCUAAAUGCUGGAGAAACAAAGGAAGCCGGCAAAGGGGUUGCGAUUCUCGGGAAACUUAACUUACAGAGCACCGGAAGCGACUCGGAUAAAUUGUUUCAAAUAACAGUUAUUCCGCAAGCGCCAUGUUUGCAGAUGACCUUCACAGAAAUCGAUAGUGACGUGAUCAGCGGCGAGAUUAAGACGGUAGACGUGGAGUUCAGUAACGCGACGUCGGUGGAGAUGAGGAACUUGCACCUGGCCGUGUCGCACCCGGACUGCAUGAGCGUGCUCACACCCGACACCGAGAGAGACGGCUUCGGGCCGCUGUACAAUGAUAAGUACCGCGCGCCGCCCGACUACCCAGACGAGCGAGCAGCGCGCGCGGCGGCGCGGGCUCGUGCGGCGGCGCGCGCGGCCGUGCGGGUAUCGAACGGGCGCGCGCGCCUGCUGCUGCGGCCCCGUGCGCGCGCUAUGUAUCUGCUCGCGUACUACGAGACAGGCCUGGCGCGCCGACCCUACCGCCUCAUCAGACACGUCUUCCGCUUCGAGCCCACUGAGGUCGUAAAAAUAUAUGUCACGCCGAGGAGAGGUUUGAGUACUCUGGAGGAUGGAGUCCUAGAAAAUAUGAGGUUAGCCGUCGAAGUUAAAAACGUAAGCAACGAAAAAGUCGAAAAUAUAACCCUAGAAGUUCUAGAGGCGUCGCUGUUGAGCAGGCAGUGGAAACUCGUCGACUUCACAUCGGCCACCGAACAGGAUAACUGUCUGAGGUCGCGCGAACGCAUCCACUUCGUACUGAAAGGAGUGAGAAUAUUAGACGAGCUGCCGGAAGACAGGAUCGAUCACUCCUCAAUAAAGAUGUCGAAACGCCAGGAGAGCGCCGCCGACGUGGACGCGCCGCCGUACUGUAAGUUCGUCACCGACGCGAUGACCUCCGUGACCGACCCAGUGGAGUCGCUCAUGCAGGAGGCGGACACGUCCGGCCUCAUCAGAUCCAUGAUCGUCCUACGGUGGCGGGCACAGAACGACAGGACCGGCCGAGUCGCCGUCGGCCAGCACUGCCUGUGGUUGGACUGCUUCACUAAGGCCGUGUCCCGCGACAGGAAGCAAACUCUCGCGAACCUCGCGGUGGAACCCCCCAGCCUCGAUCUGUUGGAAAGCAAAACCGAGAAGGGGAAAAAUGAAAAAAAUAACGUGGUGGUUUUUAAACUCGAUCACUCCGACACCGUCGCCCAUAAUUUUAAUAAGCACAGAAUCUGUAUGGUACCAGUCGUUAUUGAUGUCGUAAACUGCUAUGGAGUAUCGGUUACCGUAUUCAUUGAUUUAUACAAGCAACACAGAGAACACGGAGGCUUAGGAUGGGCGGGCGCACUCAAUUGCGGCUUAGACGCAGACUCUAAGCAAGUCGGUGUAAAAGUAACUUUGGAAAAGUUUGAGUCACGAAGCUUACAGGUACGCGCUUUGUGUGCGGCUCCCGGCACGUACCAGGUGGGGUCGUCGUUCGCCGUCACCACUACAACAGGGCCCGACACCAAGGGAAUAACACACUUUGUCAACAACACGUCCUUGCUUAUUGUUAAACAAGUUGUAUAAACAUAGAAAAUAUAGUAGAAAUCAAUUAUUGUAUUUAUUUAAGUUGUAGUAUUAUUACAUAAUUUAAAUAAGUAUAUGGUAAAUAAUA